GAACCUCAGGCCGGCACUGGUCCCUGGCCACACCAUGGCGGAUGCAGACGAGGGCUUCGGCCUUGCGCACACGCCUCUGGAGCCUGACUCCAAAGACAGGUCCUGUGAUUCAAAACCCGAGAAUGCUCUGGGGGCUCCCAGCAAGUCUCCAUCAUCCCCGCAAGCCGCCUUCACCCAGCAGGGCAUGGAAGGAAUCAAGGUGUUUCUUCAUGAAAGAGAAUUGUGGCUGAAGUUCCAUGAAGUGGGCACAGAGAUGAUCAUCACAAAAGCAGGGAGGCGGAUGUUUCCUAGUUACAAAGUGAAGGUGACUGGCCUUAAUCCCAAAACGAAGUACAUUCUUCUCAUGGAUAUUGUUCCCGCGGACGACCAUAGAUACAAAUUUGCAGAUAAUAAAUGGUCUGUCACCGGCAAAGCUGAACCUGCCAUGCCCGGUCGCCUUUAUGUGCACCCAGACUCCCCUGCAACUGGUGCACACUGGAUGCGACAACUUGUCUCCUUCCAGAAACUGAAGCUCACCAACAACCACCUGGACCCAUUUGGGCAUAUUAUCCUGAACUCCAUGCACAAAUACCAGCCCCGAUUACACAUCGUGAAAGCAGACGAAAAUAAUGGAUUUGGUUCAAAGAAUACUGCGUUCUGCACCCACGUCUUUCCGGAGACCGCGUUUAUCGCCGUGACUUCGUACCAGAAUCACAAGAUUACACAGCUGAAAAUUGAGAACAACCCCUUCGCUAAAGGCUUUCGGGGAAGCGAUGACAUGGAACUGCACAGGAUGUCAAGGAUGCAAAGUAAAGAGUAUCCCGUGGUUCCCAGGAGCACAGUGAGGCACAAAGUGGCCUCCAACCACAGUCCCUUCAGCAGUGAGACCCGAGCUCUCUCCACCUCAUCCAAUUUAGGGUCCCAGUACCAGUGUGAGAAUGGUGUCUCUGGCCCCUCCCAGGACCUUCUGCCCCCGCCCAACCCAUACCCACUGGCCCAGGAGCACAGCCAAAUUUACCACUGCACCAAGAGGAAAGAUGAAGAAUGCUCCAGCACUGAGCACCCCUAUAAAAAGCCGUACAUGGAGACCUCCCCCAGCGAGGAGGAUGCCUUCUACCGCCCGGGCUACUCCCAGCAGCAGGGCCUGAGUGCCUCUUACAGGACAGAGUCCGCCCAGCGGCAGGCCUGCAUGUAUGCCAGCUCCGCACCACCCAGCGAGCCCGUGCCCAGCCUGGAGGACAUCAGCUGUAACACAUGGCCCAGCAUGCCCUCCUACAGCAGUUGCACGGUCACGGCAGUGCAGCCUAUGGACCGACUACCCUAUCAGCACUUCUCUGCUCAUUUCACUUCCGGGCCCUUGGUCCCUCGGCUAGCUGGCAUGGCCAACCACGGGUCUCCUCAGCUCGGCGAGGGGAUGUUCCAGCACCAGACAUCCGUGGCCCAUCAGCCUGUCGUCAGGCAAUGCGGGCCUCAGACUGGCCUUCAAUCUCCAGGUGGCCUCCAGCCCCCCGAGUUCCUCUACUCUCACGGCGUGCCCAGGACCCUGUCCCCACACCAGUAUCACUCCGUACACGGUGUUGGCAUGGUGCCGGAGUGGAGUGAGAACAGUUAAAGGCAGACCUUUGCCAGAGAGAGGGGGGAAGAUAAAGAGAGAGAGAGAGAGGAGCGAGAGAUGAGGACAGUAGCAAUGAGAACCCCACAGAUGAGACACUCAUGUCACCUGUCCUCACCUCUGGGCCUGAGGCUCCCACGGCCAUUGUGAUCUGAUCAGUGAAGUCACCGUUCUGAAACUGUGGCUCUGUUGUUUUGUUUCAAAACCUACAAAACAGGACAAGAGAGGAGUCCCAGCCCCACAACCUCCACUGUCAUCAACCAGGCGCACUCACAGCACCCUAGACACACUCCCCCAUUGUUUCUUUUGGGUUCCAGAACAUACUGCCUCAUUGAGUGUUUGACCCCGGUGCAUGGUGAGAGACAUCCUCUGUCUCGGUGUUAAUGUUGACUUUGUUAUAUAAUAAAUAAUAAUAUAUUUUUUUUUCUUUGAAUUUUCUUACGGGGACCCAGUCCCUUAAUGGAGGGAGAGCAGAGGCAAAUAUGUCUCAAAACAAGUACUUUAGGGGCUUCCCUCCAAUAAAUGAGCUAAAAUGUACAUCCGACACCCUCCUCUAACAAAAAUACCUACCUCCGUCCUGUGAGAAGUCUACGAAGGUCCCAGAGGUACCUGCUAGCUGUUUUUGGAUUGGGUUUUGCUUUUUUCCUUUCGGGUUUGACCUGCCCUCCCCAGCUUCAUGGCAUUCAAAGCUGCCUUCUACGGAGCGGAUGGAGUUAGGAUGUUGGACUCCAUCUGCCACCUCGCCUUCUCAGCCAGCACCAUUUCUCCCCAGCUCCAGGUCUCUCCAGCCGUCUGUGGCUAGAACGGGGCCUAUCACUUCUCAGCCGGAAAUCUUGCUUCAACCAACUGAAAGAGCCCUGGGUGAUGCAGGGGAACAGAACUGUGAUUCAGAAAAGGGGACAAGCUCCCUGCUUCCAAGUUGUAGAGGGAAGAAAAAAGCCAGAGGAUAAAUACACUUUGUGAUUAAAAAGCAAAGAAGACAACCAGGAAGUCAGCCUCGGGCUGGCUCAGACCUCCUCUGUGACCCGGAAGGGAUGCACAGCUCCUGGUGCUGAAAGAGAGGGAGCCAUAUUAGCGGUGCCUCUGCCUGCAAGAAGUCACCCCAGCACCAACCACCUGGGACACAAAACUACACGCAUCAAAAGCAGAAAAACAGUGUUAAAAAAAAAGUGUGUAAGUACUACAUUAUUGUAGGGUUUCUCAGAUGUAAUAUUUUACUGGUACUAUUUAUUUAUAAAUAGGAAUUCUAAUUAAGUAGUAACAUGAAACCCAGCCUGGGGGCUGACCAAGACCUUUUAAUUUUAUUGGAACUCAAAACUGGGUUUGUGUUUUCCCCCCCUCUCUUGCUUUUGAAUGUGUUUUCCUUUCUUGCUCUUUAAAAAAGAAAAA